ACUUGACUGUCAAAACAUUACAAAAUUUUUCAAAAAUCCGAAAUUAGCCUUGUUUAUUCUGUUAUCUGGGGCUAUUUGCCCAUGAAAAUUUAAAGGAACUCACUUGAGCAAUGCUUCUCAGGAAUAUUUCCCACCGAACCAUCACAAAAACUAAAAGUUUUCGACAAUUUUCAGAAGCACAUCGAGCAGUCCAACAGACCCUAACGAUACAAAACCAAAACUAUGCGAGAGACGAUUAUACAAAUGUCACGGAUAAAAUUUUAUCGCAUCUUGGUAGAAACCUACACGUACAAAAGGGGCAUCCGUUAGGCAUGGUCUCUCAGAGAGUUGUAGACUAUUUUUACACCGCUUUUCGGAAUACCAGAGGAAACCCACAGUUUUCAAUGUGGGACAACUUGUCGCCUGUAGUAUCCGUUGAACAGAAUUUCGACAGCCUUCUAAUUCCUCCUGAUCACAUUUCUAGAUCCAAAAGCGACUGUUACUACCUGAACCGUCAAUAUUUGUUGAGAGCUCACAUGACUGCCCAUCAAUCAGAACUGAUGAAAUCAGGCUUGGAUAACUUUCUUAUGCUUGGAGAUGUGUACAGGAGAGACGAAAUAGACAGCACACACUACCCCGUCUUCCAUCAAAUAGACGGAGUACGUUUACGCACCAGGUCUGAACUUUUUCCUAAUGACGAUUCUUUGGAAAUCUUCGAGUUGGGAGAUUACACAGAGAGUAUUGGUACUCAGGAUAAACAAACCUGUCAUACGAUUGAAGCAGUCAAAUUGUUGGAGUUUGAAUUGAAAACUGUGCUUGUAGAACUUGCAAGAAGUUUAUUUGGUGAGGACUUCAAUUAUAGGUGGGUUGAUACAUACUUUCCUUUCACUCAACCCUCUUGGGAGCUUGAAAUAAACUACGAGGGUAAAUGGAUGGAAAUUUUGGGAUGUGGCAUUAUGCGUCAACCAAUAUUAACAAAUGCUGGUAUCAAUAACAAAGUCGGGUGGGCAUUUGGAUUAGGGCUUGAAAGAUUAGCUAUGUGCUUAUAUAAAAUACCAGAUAUCCGUCUGUUUUGGUCCACGGACAGUGGAUUUUUAAAUCAGUUCAAAUUUGCUAAGGUGGAUGCAAAAGUAAUAUACAAACCAGUCAGUCAGUACCCUCAAUGCUCAAAUGAUAUCAGUUUUUGGCUCCCACAAGACAAAGAAUACGCUGAGAACGACUUCUACGACCUAGUGAGAACAGUUGGAGGUGAUAUUGUUGAACAAGUCAUAUUGAAAGAUGAUUUCAAACAUCCUAAAACUGGAAAGAGAAGCCACUGCUACAGAAUCGUCUACAGGCAUAUGGAACGCACGUUGAAGCAAGAAGAAGUUAAUAUUAUCCAUAAAAAAAUUGAAGAAGAAGCUUCCAAAAGCCUUUUCGUGACUAUUAGAUAAUAACUAUACGAUUUCCUUGAUUUUUCUGUUAAACUAUGUACAGCAAAUUGUAGUAUAAGUUUUGGUAUAAAACCUAUUUAUAGAAUCUGUAAAUAUUAAGAUAAUUAAAGGUAAUAUUACG